AUUUAAGAAAAGGACACCGAGAGGCUUGAAAACAGAUUUAAGCGGAGGAGCUCACAUGAUCAAAGACAUGAACCUGGAUGAGGACAGUGGCCUCUCAGUCAGCUGUGGCAACGGCAAACUGAGACAGUGGCUAAUCGAUCAGAUUGACAGCAGGAGAUAUCCCGGCUUGAUUUGGGAAAAUGAUGAAAAGUCCAUCUUUAGGAUUCCAUGGAAGCACGCAGGAAAACAAGACUAUAACAGAGAGGAGGAUGCUGCACUCUUCAAGGCAUGGGCAUUGUUUAAGGGAAAAUAUAAGGAAGGAGUUGACAAGCCAGAUCCCCCCACAUGGAAGACCAGGCUACGCUGCGCUCUUAAUAAAAGCAAUGACUUCGAUGAGUUAGUGGACAGAAGCCAACUAGACAUCUCAGAGCCCUAUAAAGUCUACAGAAUCAUUCCUGAGGAAGCCAAAAAAGGAAUGAAGAUGAGCAGUAUGGAGGAGACAACAUCACAUGUAAAUGCCCAUGGCUAUGUUCCUUCAUAUACGUCCCUGCACAAUCAGGUACCUGGCUAUAUGGUUUCUCAGGAGAGAAGGGACUGGAGAGAUUACUCACCACCAGAACAACAACCACUUCCUCCUCCACAUCACCAUGUGCCACAUGCAGAAAUGCAGUAUGGUCAGUGCCACUACCCACCAUUCAGCCGGCCUUGGCCUGGUUCACAUGCAGAAAAUGGUUUUCAGCUUUCCUUCCACACCUACUUUUCAGAGUCCCAACCGCCCGUCUACACAAUGGACCACAACAAUGCCAUAACAGAUUUCAGCUUGCAUGUGUCCCUAUACUACAGAGAGUCUCUGGUGAAGGAGGUUACCACCACCAGCCCAGAAGGUUGUCGGAUCACCUCUUCUCCCUCCUCCUCUCCAUCCUCUUCCUCUUCUUCUUCCCCAUGCUCAGAGGACAAGUUUCACAGCGGGGCAGAAGUCAUUCUUUUUCCAUGCCCGUACCCUGAGUCUCACAGGCAGGGUGCUGAGAUGCUACCUAAUGUACUGGAGAGGGGGGUACUCCUGUGGAUGAUGCCUGAUGGCUUAUAUGCUAAGCGCCUCUGCCAGGGACGAGUGUACUGGGAAGGACCUCUGGCUCCGUAUACGGAUAAGCCAAACAAGCUGGAGAAGGAGCAGCCAUGCAAGCUGUUUGACACCCAGCAAUUCCUUAUUGAGCUUCAAGAUUUUGCCCAUACUGGCCGUCAUUUACCGAGACACCAAGUGGUGCUAUGUUUUGGAGACGAGUACCCUGACCCGCAACGGCCGAGGAAAAUGAUCACAGCACAGGUGGAGCCAGUGUUUGCCAGAAAACUGGUGUACUAUUACCAGCAGAACAAUGGCCACUACCUGCGGGCUUAUGAUCACAUCCAGGAACAGAACACAUCUCCAUCAAUCGACUACCCUUCCCAGAGACCUCUACAGCAUAUUCAAGAGUGACAAGCAUGCACACACACACACACACACACACGCAUACACAUACAUUGUACAGGAGGGCAUGAAUGUAAAUGUGAAUGUAAACCACUGCCCAUUUAUCACGUCUUGUGACUGCAGUGCUGUGUACUGUAAAUGGUAAGAGAUGUCAUGGUACUGAGGGGUAGAGAUGGGGAAGACCCUGUUGUUUUCACUUGCACACCUUUGCAUCGUAGUCUUUGUGUGACUGUGGAGUAAUUUUUUUUCUCUACAAGUAUUAUUGUGACAGUGUGAAGGAUGCGGUUUGAGGGUGGGGGUAUGAGGGGAGCGGAGGGCGACUGAGACAGGAAGUACUAGCACAGGUGCACAGGAAGAAUGGCCCCUAAGACAAACACUGAUAUGUCAAAGGGACAAAACAGUAUGAAUGAAUACUUCUUGUAUUAUUAUUUAUUGUAUUGUAUAUAAGCCACAACAUUUGCUUAGAUGAGCAAGUGAACAGUCAACAGUCAACAGUAUCAUUGCUUUGUCCAUUGCAGACCUCAACUCUGGGUUUCAUUGCAAAAAAAAAAGAACUGAUGUUAUCAGUGGUCUGGUGGUGUAGUAGAGGAAGCUGUUAUCGCAAAUUGUUUACCUCUGGGCUGCUACAUAUAUUGCACUUCCAAAAAUCUCUUUCUACUGAAUCUGGUCAGCUUUUAAAAAACAUCUGAUUCCUUUUAAUUAUGUCAAACUGAUCAAACAAAAAUCGCAAAGCCUUUUUUUAGGUGGUUAUCAAGAUUGAACUACUUUCCUUGCAGUAGAUGGAGACCAAAGCCCGUACCACCUUAUAUACAUGCCAGUGAUAUCAAGCCAUUCAGUGUUUGUUUACAUAUAUAUCUAAUGUUGGUUAUCAUUAGAUUGUUACAAGUGCAGAAGCUUUUCAAACAUUUAUUAGUUUGAAACAAAAGAAAAAGGCAAAGCAGAGAACUGCCUCAUGCUGAAUUGAAAAGUGCUGGCUAAAUAAAGCUGGUUCCUAACCUGAUGCUCGGGACCCCAACAAGGGUUCAUAAGGUAGUCUAAGAAUUCACCAGAUAAUUAGACAGCUAAUUAUUAUUAUUUUAUUUUAUGUAUAAAAUCAUAAUUGAGUGCUUUUUAGCUUUUUAUCUUUGUCUAGUAUAUGUAUAGUUUUACUUCUUGAGAUCUCUAAAAAUUAUUCAAAUGAAAUAAUCUGAUUUGAAAACCCAUUUUCAGUUGAACUGCUCACAAGGUCCACUGGCCUACAACACAUGAUCAGAGAGCAGCUCACUAGAAAGAGUGGGCUUGGUGGGCAGUCUUAACCUCACUGGACUGAAGGAAGUUAACUGGAAAAAUCACACUCAUCCCGUAACUUGCAAGGAAACCGUACCUGUUCCUCUUAACCUGAAACUAGCGGCCUCACAAAUGAGAAGAAAAACUACCUUUCGUGGUCUGAAUGUACGUUGAGCCAGGGAGGAGCUCUCUGGUUCCCAUGCCUGAGAUUCUGUAGAGGUAGGGAUGUAACAUCCACACAAAAGCUAUCUUAAGAUCCUAACAACCUACCUAGGAAUGCAUCAUAAGAAUCCAGCAGUAAGAAUAAUUGAAUUCCUCAUGUUGUUGAGGUCCUGAUGCUGCAGUUGAAUGGAUAUAAGUUUUGUUAUGUUUUUCUUCUGUGGUCCAGAGUUUCGAUCUCUGCGUUUACUUCCUUCACACUUAAACCACAUCACUUUCACAAUGGCUUCAAAUGUCUGACCAAAAUCACAGGCAGGAAUGUUUUUCUUUUUUUAGUGUGUGUGUGUGUGUAUAAACCAUAAAUCCUUUUUCCCCUCAAAGUCAGUCAGUUCCCCUGAUUAUGUGCUGGGUUCACAUAAUGAUUCAUAUUACUUCACAGUCAGACACUUGACUCAUUCAAAGUAAAAUUCUAAUAGUGAAAAUGUUACCAACUCCAUGUACAGUGCACUGUUGUGGUAAACAUUUUGUAUGUGUGUGUGUGUAGUAAAGGGCCAUGUGUGUGCGUGUGUGGGUGAGUACAUGUGUGUCACACAGUUGCAUUAUUACUGUUAUCAGGAAUUGACAUUUAUGGACUCAGGAUAAAACAUGUGACUCCCCCACCUACAACAUCAGUGACUCAAACAUAGAUACACACACCCAUUUCACAUCACACUUUACAGUUACAGUAAAACAUGCAGAACAAACUACAGAGGAAAUCAGAGUGUGCAUACUUAAAAAAACUCUCAUGUUGUACAAUAUAUUUUUGGAGAAUGACAAUGACUUGGAGUAAUAAGGAGAUUGAUUAAUAUAAACUGUAAAACUGCCAUAUUGAUAAAUGAUGUAUUUUGAAAUAAAGUCAUCAAUCUUCUACUA